AUGUUUCACCUUGUCUCUGAAACAGACACAUGCGAGACCAGUACUGAAACCUACCAGAGUUCCCCUCUCUACCUCACGACACCAUACAACUACCAACUCGAUCUAGAGUUUGUUAAGUACGUGGAAGACAUUGAAAAGGGCAACACCAUUCGACGGCUGGGUUUUUCCAGGCGGCCCAGGGCCGAUCCGGUCUCUGAAACACAGAGUGGGGUUGAACGCUCCUAUGGGGUCUCUUCCAAGUCACUGUCAUCUGGGGGUAGCAAUGAAGCUUGGAACCCUGCCACCUCCUCCUCUGCCUGCUCUUCUGUCAACCAAAGAAGACCCCCAGUUCCUCCUUCCUAUUCCUCACCUAAAUCUACCUCUGAAGCUCCUGAGCAUUCUAAACCUCUGCUUACUUGUCAGAGACCCUCUGAGAGGAGACCUCCUCAAGCCACACCUCAGUACAUCACCUCUAAACCGAACCCUCUAGUAGAGAGGACCUUGGUGGAGACUCGUAGACGUUUGGAGCAAGAGAAGGUAUCAUCCAAGGCAGUGCCAGAGCAAUACCCACGCCGUAGACUGGCUAGCUUUAGUGGUUUGGGCUCAAGUGGUACAUUUCCCCCCUAUACUACAUGUAAUGACCUUAACCAGACUCAGACAGUUCCUAAAGUGACCAAGCUAAUGGCUGUUGAUCAGAUCAGUCAGAGUGCUUCCUCACUCGGCAGCUCUUUUAGAAUCAGUCCUGUGAGCUCUGGCAGGGCUACUCCUGUGACUAGCAUUAGUCCUUUGCACCUGCAGAUGGUCAGGGACCAAAUGGUUGUGGCACUAGAAAGGUUGAGAGAGCUGGAGGAACAGGUAAAGACCAUCCCUGUGCUGCAAGUAAGGAUCUCUGUCUUGCAAGAAGAAAAGCGACAACUAAUUGCUUGGGUGAAUGACCGAGGUUGUCAAAAUUUAGGGUCUAACUUGGAUCCAGACCUGCAAGGGUUGUUCAGGAAAAGGGCACAUAGCACAAGCAACACUAUGAAGUUUCAGCAGCUUGCUACAAAUCCAGAGAAGGAUGAGGAUGGGAAGAGGGCAUCCUCUGUGGAGCUGGAGGGCUGGGAACAUGGCUCUCUAUCUGGUCUGAAGGAGUUCAGACAACUUGGUGCUGAAAUGCAGCUUCUUGAGAAGAAGAUACAAGAUGCUCGUCUUGCGGCUCAAAAGAAUUCAAACUCAAGAGUGGUUUUAGGUGACAAGAAUAUGCACAGGGACAGCAAGUACUUGAUAAGCUCCUGCAAGGAUAUUGGUGUAGAAACCAGACUCGAGACACGGUCAGCAGCUGUUGGCGUUACCGAAGCUAUGCUAGGUGUGGUGUCGGAAACUGAUUCAGAACUUGAGAUGCAACAGCACACCAUCCAGGUUCUGAGGGACAGGACACAAACAUUGGAGGCGAAGCUUGAAGAGGCCUUGCUUAAAGCAGAAAUGUGCAGACUGAAGAGUGAGCUAUGGGAAGCAGGAGCUCGUAACCGUACUGACAAGAGUUCAAGUGUACAGCCAGAGAUGCAAAGCAUGGCAGUCCAGACUGAAGUGUAUAUGCAGACCGUUGGAGUUGGAACACACACCCAGUUCAUACAUGCUGCUGUUGGAAGCGUGUCAGUGCGAGAUUUAAAUGCUGUUGGGGUGACUUGCAGGCCAGACACAAGAGAUGUGACUUCUGGUCCAGACACACCCAUGGAAAUGUGGGAGCUGUGCAAAAGGAUUGAGAAGAGGGAUCAAUGUGUAGGAAAAGGGUAUGUGCCAAUGGAGUCCCUGGGCAAAAGGAAAGUGUCUACUCGAACUGUUGGCUGUGGUGACUGCACCAUAGAUGUGAGUGUCAACAUGAUGAAACCACUUGUUUCCCAGGGUAUGGUCACUGAUCCAGUUAGAGUCAUCAACCUUGGUGUUGCAGUGACACGACAAACCAGGUCCCAACAUACCAACACUGUUGUCCAUACUGUCUCUCGCUGCACCAAUACUGAGCAGCUCUUUUUAUCCGAAUGCAGCACCAACACAACAAAUGCAAUUACUCAUGAGAGGCACACCAACACUGAUCACAUAAUUACUCGAACACUCGCUAUCGGUGAUGGGAAAGUUAGUGACCGAGAGAUGGCCAUCAAAGUACGCUCUGUUGGAGUUGGAACUGCUGUUCACAUGAAUGAAGGUGCAGUCGCCUCGGGCACGCUCAAAGUGAUGACUCGUGACGCUAGCAUUGGAUUGACUAAUGUUAACGAGAACUUCUUGGUCGGGCUUCGUACACGGAACAUCGCGUGUGGUCCUUCUCGUUUACCGGAUCCUAUCACAACCCGAAGCGUAGCGGUUGAGGUAGGCGACGGGAGAAUCCGGGACUUGGAUGGCCAACCACGGUCACCUGCACUGCAGCCACACUUAUAUGCCCAGUCAGAGCUAGGACUCAAUCAUUAUAUUGAUCGAAUGCAGAGGCUGAUAAAAGAACAGCAGAGCCUGCUAACUGACAGCCAUUUUGACCAGAGAGGGGAAGUCACUCUCCAGUCCCAGGAUAAGCUAGACACUCAACAUGGAGUGCCGGCGCAUAGUCUUCCUUCAAAAUCCAAUGAGAGCUCUGAGUUUAGAACAAAGAAUCAAAUGGGACAUGCUAGUAGUCCCUUGCGUGAUGAUAUCUCUCUCAGGUCCAACAUGAGGAGGAAGGACCUCAGGCAGAGGUCGGCAGACUGCAGAAUGUCCCUCGAGUCUCUGUCACCAGGGUUUGAGCACAUGUCCACUAGCGAAGACUCGUCUGAUGAUGAGGAGAGAAAGAGGAAGAUGGAACAGCAGCUUGAGAGGAGUCCCAAAACCAGCACAAAGCCUUCAAAGAUGGAGAGAAGAGAGAGGUAUGACAUGAGUGAACAGAUGCUUUUUGCCUGUCGCAGUCUCAAAGCUCACCUAAGUGACAGCAACGCUUUAUCCAGCAGAGAGCUGCGUUCCUGCCUGAACACAAUCCAGCAGGAAUGGUUCCGCGUGUCCAGUCAGAAGAGGGCACGUCCGGACGUGGUCGAGGACUUCCUGCGUGCGUGCCGGCGCAUCUCGCCUGCCGUGUUGAGUCACGUGACCAACAUUGCCGAUCGCAAUGGCAACACAGCACUCCACUACAGCGUGUCCCAUUCCAACUUCAGGGUGGUGCAGGUCCUGCUGGAUGCAGGGGUGUGUAACGUGGAUCAGCAGAAUCAGGCGGGAUACACACCCAUCAUGUUGGCCACUCUGGCUGCUGUGGAAACCCAGGAGGACAUGAGCAUAGUGGAGGAGCUCUUCAGGAAGGGAGACGUUAAUGCCAAGGCCAUCCAGGCUGGUCAGACUGCUCUCAUGUUGGCAGUCAGUCACGGUCGUAUGGACAUGGUUAAAGUUCUCUUGGCUUUGGGGUCAAAGGUCAACAUCCAGGAUGACGAGGGCUCUACCGCCCUCAUGUGUGCCAGCGAGCAUGGCCAUGCUGAUAUCGUCAAGCUGCUAUUGGCCCAGCCAUGUUGUGACGCCACACUUAGUGACAAUGAUGACAGCACUGCACUGUCCAUAGCCCUGGAAGCAGGUCACAAAGACAUUGCCAUGCUGUUGUAUGCCCGUGUGAACUACGCAAAGGGCCAACCUAUGGGAACAUCAAGAGGCAGGACACUUCUGACUCCACCUGAAAGAAGCUUUUGUGAUUGACUAAGUCCAAUCCCUUUACCAGCUAGCCAGUUUAGUUGUCUGCAAGACGGAGCACCACCAUGAACCAGAGACAAAGCCCAUGCAAGGUUCUAAAAGUUUGGGGGAGCCAGCAAUGGGGAAACAAAUUAUGAAAUACAAAAAACAUUUUUUUUUUGUUUAUUCCAGUCUUUCCAAUUCACAGUUAUCAUUAAUCAACUGGAAACUAAACUUUAAAGAAUGUUAUCCCUACCCGAUAAACAUGCUAUUGUGUAAUUAACGCUAACCUGAUUUAAGAACUUUGAGAUGGGGGAAAAGUAAUGCUUUCACAUGAUAAAACUCCAUGCUUAAUUACCGGAUUUGUGAUAUAUCGUGCUUUGUUUCUGUGACUAAAACUAUGUGGAGGAGAGAGAGAACUUGGUGUACCUCACACAUCUAAUGAGAAGGCAAUGUUUGUGGUCCAGCAGAGACAUUCUGCACUUUUCUAGUUUUCAAAAUUUUAAUCAAACGAUUGGUAGUUCUCACAGAUGUUGAUAUACGAGCUAUGCAAUAUAUGGUAUAAAUAUUUUAUAUAUAUUUAGGCCUUUCUGAUGUAACACACAUGUUGUGAAUCAACAUUAUUAAUGAUAUUUUGACAUGAUUAUUGUGUCAUAUUGUUAUUUGAGCAACCUGCAUGUGAAAUUUAUUUUACUGAAGAUUACAUAUUUUAAAAUGCAGUAGACUAUAAAGAUUUUUCUAGUAUACAUAUUUCACCUUUAAAUCCUAAGAAAUACAACACAUUAUUUCCUUCUGCAGCAUGUUUUGUGAUAUAUAUGCCUCUUAACUACAAUUUUAUGA